AUGCUCGGCGUCGACUAUCGCCAGCACCUUUCGCAGGGAAAAGCGAUCGUGGAAGCCCUGGGUGCUGGACCCUUCAGACCCCCCAUUCCAUCGCCAUGGUUUGGAAUCUUUGCGCUCCUUAACUUGAGCGUAUUCCUUACGAUGAGUGUACUGAUCCCAUGGAUCCUGUCGGACAAAUCGCUCGAGACGCCCGUUGUCAAGUCCAAGAGCACCGACGAAUGCGUGACGGCCUACAAAUACGAAAGCAUAGUCCCCCUCAUUCGUAACCUCCCGCAGACGGAUGCGGUCCUCCAGCAAUACCAGAAUUGA